AUGGUGGAUAACACUGUGAUAUUGACGACGCUGAAUGAGGCAUGGGCGGCUCCUGAUUCUGUUCUUGAUAUCUUCCUGGAGAGCUUUCGGACAGGAGAGUGCACGGAUGGGCUUUUGGAGCACUUAGUGAUCGUCGCUCUGGACGGGAAGGCGUACGAGAGAUGCAAGUCUAUGCAUCCCCAUUGCUACGCUUUGAAGACUGAAGGAGUGGAUUUCUCGCAAGAGAAGAGAUUUAUGACGGAGGAUUACCUGAAGAUGAUGUGGAGAAGGAUAGACUUUCUGAGAGUCGUCCUUGAGAUGGGAUACGACUUCAUCUUCACGGUAACUUUAUCUUUUCUGUUUCAACUAAUUUUUUUUUAAGAACGUUGAUGGCCUACGAUUUUGAACAUCGGAUAAUUUUGUUUAUAAAUCUGUUUCCCAAAAAAUUCCGAAGGUCUCGAGAUCCAGGGCCCACUAAUCAGAUGGAGUAUUCAUUAUCGAUUUCUACUCAAAUUAAAUCUGGUUUGUCCAAAGUUAGCCUCUAAUGCGUAGCACAAAGUGCAUAGCGUUGAAGCUUCUCUCUCUCUCUCUCUCUCUCUCAAUCUAUCUCUUUUUGGGUGACGUUCUUGAACCAUUGUUUCACCCAGGGACCUUACAUAUUCGAUGGGUGAUACACUUUUUUCCUAGUCUGAGAAUAUGUAGUUCAUUUCACUUCCUUCGAUGCAUUUCCUUGGCAUUUCUUGGUGUAUGUUGAUGGCAUAUUUCUGGGAUGAUUAGUUCUAAAAUUUCAUGUUUAUCCACCACAUUCUUCUCCCGACCUUACACUGAAUGAGUUUUCUUUUAAAUGUUUUUACAACCAUGGUGAGGGUCCAUCGGAUCAGAUAGGAUUAGGUAUUUUGAACAGUUCUCGAUUACCUGGAACGUGCGCUGACUUCAUUCAGAUCCCUCCUCCGGCAACAUGCAUUGGAUACUGACAGUCACUACAAUAUGAGCUUUAAUGUGGUCAUCUUAGUCUUCCCUUGUUUCAUGAAAGUGGUGGUGCUAACUGUAUGCUGUUGAAACUUCUAUGCUGCAGCUUGCCUGUAAUCUAGCGCGUAACUUUUGCAUUUAUCUUACAAGAACUGGAGUCUGUUUUUCGGCAAAAUUAAUUCAUACGCGUGAUAUGAUGUAUCGGCGUUUAAAUGGCUUGGAAUCGAAUUAUGUAGUGCAAAUAAGGCGCCAUACUGAGUGGUCGGGUGAAUCCUUGGAUCUAGCUAACAAAAUUGCCUACUCUUAACGUUGGUGCAACAAAGCGCUGAGGAUGAGGUUGCGACGGGUAAGAGAGGAAACCCUCGGAUUUUUCCCACAGAAGUGAAGAAUACAAAGGUGAAGCUCGAUGCAGACGGGAAAGCAUGGCCAACAUCACUGUCAUUAGUGUUUUCCUCGUCUUCGCCAUAUUCAUUCAUGAAUAACCUGCCAGUAGUCGAAAACACCGAGUCUUCUUAACAGUAGGAGGCACUGUGUUUACAAGUUUUCUUAACAGCAAAGUAUUUCCCUUCGACCAGGGCUUUUCAUGCCUUAUAUCUCCAUAUAUCCUCACAAAAAUGUAUUUUAUAGUUUCCAUUGCCUUUAGCUUGGAUAUAUACACUGUUCUAUCCAAACCUGAUCCUAUUGCAUUCUAGAUUCAAAAUAUAGGCCUGGAUUCUGGCCAUUUCUCCAACUGCAGACGUGUAAAGCUCAAGAACAACGUCUAACCUUCGUUGUUUUACUGCAGGAUACCGACAUUUUGUGGUUCCGGAACCCUUCGCUGUUCUUCUAUCCAGACGGCGAUUUCCAAAUUGCAUGCGACCAUUAUUACGGUAACCCCGAUGAUCUAGGAAACAGUCCCAACGGAGGGUUUAACUAUGCAAGGUCCAGUAAUAGAACGAUAGAGUUUUAUAAGUUUUGGUACGAAUCAAGAGAGAAGUACCCAGGCAAACACGACCAGGAUGUGCUUAACUUCAUAAAAGGCGACCAGCACCUCCGCGACAUCAGUCUGGUCAUGAAAUUUCUACCCACCGUUAACUUUGGUGGACUAUGCGAACCGAGCAGAGAUUUAAACAAGGUCUGCACCAUGCACACGAAUUGCUGCAUCGGCCUGACAGGGAAAGUGAACGAUCUUAAGGUCAUGCUGGAGGACUGGAGGCUGUACAGGGCCCUGCCGCCCAGCGUGAAGGGCCUUGGAGCGCACUCGUGGAGAGCUCCCCAGAAGUGCUGA